AUGGAUGAAUCCCAAACUCACCAAACACCAAUUCCUGACUGGGGCAUGGAUCCCCCAGACUAUUUUGAUGAGGAUUCUAUUUACAACGAAGAAGAUCCCGAAGACCCAAGCCUGAGGAACACACGCAAAGUGGCUCUCCGUCCUCUAGCUGAAGUCUAUCGCGAAGGAGCUGUAAGAGCCACCUUCGAGGGCAAUCCAGAUGAGGCCUUUGGUCUUGUAAACGAAACCUCUGAUUACAUCAUGACAGUUGAUCGUCUUGUAUGGAUUGAUGGCUGGUAUACCACAUCAGGAGACGGUCCCAACAAGACACAUGAAAACCCAAUGACACUUGUGGUUCUCAACGUCAAGUUCUUCGAUAAACGACCAGACGAUUCGAGAGUAAUUGGCGGUGCCGUUGCUGAGCUCAGAUUCUUUUCAGAUCAUAAGAAAGAAGACAACCCUGAAAUCGUCGCUUGGGGCCCAUUCCGGCACCAAGAAAGGUGGAAUGUCUCCACCGGUUACGUGAAAGUUACUACAAAGUCUGAACUACGGGCCAGCGCAGGAUUUGCGGACCAACAACUGUCAGGGUCCUUAGGCCGCGACAAAGAACUUUCAAGAACCAUUGUAGCCUUUGAUGAAGGAUAUUCGACUCACCUCUAUCCACAAAACUUCAAGUCGACAGAAGGGCACAGGAGGCCAAAUGGUGUACAAUGGUGUGUGCGACAAAAUCAUCUCCACCAGCAGGGGGUUGAGUCAGAGAUGCGAUUUGCUGCUCUUAUCUCGAGGCCCGAGCAAAUGAGGCCAUACCAUGUAUCUUUCCGGGUUCAGGUACAUACAGGCUCCAAAGAAAUUGCCCGUAAUACAGUUCAGCGACUUUCCCGACGACCUGUCGGAGAUCAGAUCAAUUGGCGCACGGAACCCAACUUGGACAAGAUGCACAGAUGCUUUGCUGAGGGUGUUCCCAUUGCGGAAUCGAUUGACAGCGACAACCUUGGCCAAUUAGUCAAGGACCCGAACGAUAGUCAAAAUCUCGAUCAAGAGUGGUUGAAACCCCACAGCCGUCCGGAGCUUUCUCAAGCUGUUCAGGCGCAAACUCGGGCUGAUCCUGAAGAAGGUAGUGAUACAUUUGAAGCUCAGGUGGCUGUGGACGUGCCAGGUAUCGCUGAAAUCAGCAUGGAUCUUCAGCAGCCCGAAUCAGUCGCGGGUGACCAAUCGCAACAACCGAAGGAGAACAGGGCUCCGAAUUACCUGACGAGAAUCACAACCACAGAACAAGGAUCACCAAUCACUGACGACAGGCGGCGUACCAAGCAAGAUACGGCUGAUGUCACCUGCCGUCCUUCCAGCUUGGACUACUCUGCGGGUCAGCAGAGACUCAGGGACGGAGAGCAUGAUAGGCUUGUAUCUUUGGAAAUUCGGGCCGCACAAGCCGAAGCACGUCUUGCAGCACAAGACCAGCUGAUCUUGAAGCUACAGCAAACAGUAAGCACCAUGGAACAGGCUCUAUGUACUGGUAAGUUCACAGCUUGA